AUGAAGGCUUCCUCUGAAGAGUUAGGAUUAACAGCUCCAAACGGGUGUUCCUGGACAGAUGGGGGGACUCAGGCCCUCUUUGGUGGAAUGGAAGAUACAUGGAUAACAAUGUUGAUCCUGUUAAGUUCGUUCGGUGCUAUCAAGGAAGAUGCAACAAAGGUUCUGGAAACGUUGAUAGCAACCAUUUAUGGGGAUAAAAUCCUCUGGUGCCACCAUAGCUCAGGUUCAUACUCGGCCAAGUCAGGUUAUAAUUGGUUGAAGCUUCAUAAUAGCACGGCUAUGGUCUCCGAGAAAAUUUGGAAUACUAUUGCUAAGGCAAAUGUUCUCCCAAAAAUUCUAAUCUUUGGUUGGAGACUCUGUCAUGAAGCCCUUCCUUCUGGGGAAAAACUUAAACAGAACAGACUCGACGAUGCUUGGAAUCUUCUUGGUGAGUUUAAACAGGUUUCCAAUCCGUUCGCUUGCCUUAGCAGAGAGACUCCUCCCCACCGAAUUCGCAAGUGGAGUAAGUCGGCGCAGGGAUUUAUUAAGAUCAAUGUGAAUGGAGCGUUUAGUCAAGAAUCUUAUAAAGCCGUUAUGGGGGUCGUGGCACGAGAUUCGAACGGAAUGGUCCAUGGAGGAAUGGCCAAACAGAUUGAUCCUCCUAAUACGACUGAAUCCACUAAAGCUUUUGCGUUUACUCAAGGAAUUAGACUUGCUAUCGAGAAUGGGUGGAACAAUGUGUUAAUUAAAGGAGAUGCUAUCUCGGUGGUGAACAGACUGUCAAAUAGAUUAUUGAACAAGACCCAGGACGUCUCUACAAUCAGAUUGUUGCUCAAUGAGGCUCGUUCCCUUCUUGAUGAUUCCCCAUCCUUCAAAGUGCAUUAUGUAUAUAGGGAAGCGAACAGAGUGGCUCACAGGCUAGCUCAAUGGGCUUUAUCAAACCACAAUCCGAUUUGGUUUUUCCUGGAUGAACCUGAAUGUAUUAAACAACUUGUAAUCGUUGAUGCCAUUGGAAUAUAA